GAGAGAAAGAAAGAAAGAAAGAAAGAAAGAGAGAGAGAGAGAAAGACAUCCGUGAUUCACAGACUCCCCAUCAGCGCCGGACACAGACCACCAUGAGAUCCAAAGGCAGAGCUCGGAAACUGGCCACAAGCGAGGACAGUCUUUAUGAUGGGUAUUCUGCAAUUGUACCAGAAGAGGAGCCACAGGCUGAUGCUGAGAUGGGAUCAUUGUCUCUCAGUGCACAGGAUCUUUCUUCACCUGCCACAUCCAUUGAAGACUUCACUCCAAAAGAGGGCUCCCCAUACAAAGCUCCCAUAUACUUCCCUGAUGACAUUCCCAUUCCAGAAGAAUUUGAACUGCGCGAGUCAAAUAUUCCUGGUACCGGAUUAGGAAUAUGGACUAAAAGAAAGAUUGAAGUGGGUGAAAAAUUUGGACCCUAUGUUGGAGAAGAGCUAUCAAGCCUGAAGGACCCUUUUCACGGCUGGGAAGUCUUGGACGAGUUAGGCAAUGUGAAGUUCUGCAUCGAUGCCAGUCAGCCUGAUAUAGGGAGUUGGCUCAAAUACAUCAGGUACGGACGGAGCUAUGAUCAGCACAACCUCGUUGCAUCCCAGAUAAAUGAUCAGAUUUUCUACAAAGCUAUCUGCAACAUUGACCCAGGGGAGGAGCUCUUAGUGUUGAUGAAAAGCGGCGAGUGCUCACAGGAGGGAAUGGCUCCAGAGAUACAUGAGGACAGUCAGUAUCGCUGUGAUGAUUGCAAUAAAAUCUUCGAAUCCAAGGCUCAGCUGCUGGACCAUCAGAAAUUUACCUGCAGCAAUUCACACUCCGCCUUCUCUUUGGUGGACGAGAGCUUCAAACAGAAGCUGAGCGGCAGCGACGAUGAACUUCACGAGUGUAAGGAGUGUAAUGGAGUGUACUCAGAUACUCAAAGUUUGAAUAGGCACAUGCUGACACACACUGAGGAGCGAGAGUACAAGUGCGACCAGUGCCCCAAAGCUUUCAACUGGAAGUCCAACCUCAUCCGCCAUCAGAUGUCACACGACAGUGGCAAGCAUUACGAAUGUGAAAACUGUGCCAAGCAGGUUUUUACGGACCCCAGCAAUCUACAGAGACACAUUCGCUCACAGCACGUGGGGGCCCGUGCACACGCCUGCCCUGAGUGCGGGAAGACCUUCGCCACCUCCUCGGGCCUCAAACAACACAAGCACAUCCACAGCAGUGUCAAGCCCUUCAUAUGUGAGGUUUGCCACAAAUCCUACACGCAGUUCUCCAACCUCUGCCGCCACAAACGGAUGCACGCCGACUGCAGGACACAGAUCAAAUGCAAGGACUGCGGCCAAAUGUUCAGCACCACCUCAUCGCUGAACAAACACAGGAGGUUCUGUGAGGGCAAGAACCAUUUCGCCACGGGGGGACUCUUUGGUCAAGGCAUUACACUUGCUAAUGCUCCGGUUCUGGACAAGUCCAAUGUGGUUAACAUGAACCACAGCAAUUCCGGUCUUGCUGACUAUUUUGGCACCAAUAGGCACCCAGCUGGACUUACAUUCCCUGCAGCCCCUGGGUUCCCAUUUAGCUUUCCUGGCCUCUUCCCUUCAGGGCUGUACCACCGGCCGCCAUUGAUGCCUGCCAGUUCACCAUUGAAAGGACUACUGAGCACUGAACUGGCCACCAAGCACCAUAGUCACCUCUUGGCAGCCUCCCAGCUGCUCCCUGGCACACCAGAUGUUUUGAAAGCACUGAACCGGCAGUCGUCCUCGGAUGAAGUCCGGCCCCUGGAGAUUCCGACUGAGAAGAUGCCUGAGGAGAAGCCACGAGGAAAGGGCAGCGACCAGUCGGAGAGCAGCGACUUGGAUGAUGUCAGCACGCCCAGUGGCAGCGACCUCGAGACAACCUCCGGCUCCGACCUGGAGAGCGACGUGGAAAGUGACAAAGAGAAAAACAAAGAAAACGGCAAAAGUGCAGAGGAUGUGCUCGUCAGCCCUCAGAAGAUCUCCUCUUUGAACAAUAGCAAGAAAGAGUUCUCUAACCAUUCCCUCUUCUCACCGCCGCUGGAUGAGCAGAUUGCUGUCACAGGAGCCGUCAACGAUUCCAUUAAGGCCAUUGCGUCUAUCGCUGAAAAGUACUUUGGUUCUACUGGACUUGUUGGCAUGCAAGACAAAAAAGUAGGACCGCUGCCCUACCCUUCUAUGUUUCCCUUUCAGUUUUUUCCUGCCUUUUCCCAGCCGAUAUAUCCCUUCCCUGACAGAGACAUGAGUGUCACGCCCUUGAAGAUCGAGCCACCAUCACCCAGUGAACUGAAGAAGCUGCGGAGUGUAAAUGCCGAGUCGCCCUACGACCUCACCACCAAACGCAAGGAGGAGAAGGCCAUGGUACCUGUGGCCUCCAAGCCACCCGCUCCCCAUUUUCCCGGUGAAGAGCAGCCGCUGGAUUUGAGCAUGAGCAGCAGAAGCCGAGCCAGCGUCAGCACCCAGGUGGAGCCGCGGAAAAACCAUAUCUUCGGGGAGAGAAGGGGACCCAACAUCGAGCAGCCCAAGAGCUCUGAGCAUUCUCUCCAGCACGCCAAGCCAACCCCGUUCUUCAUGGAUCCCAUAUACAGAGUGGAGAAGAGGAAGCUGUCCGAUCCCGUGGAAGCAUUAAAACAGAAGUAUAUGAAACCUGCUCCAGGCUUCCUAUUCCACCCACAGUUCCACUUGCCUGAUCAGAGAAUUUGGAUGUCAGCAAUUGAGAACAUGGCAGAAAAACUGGAAGGUUUCAGUUCACUGAAGCCAGAAGCCAACGAUCUCCUCCAGUCUGUCCCCUCCAUGUUUGACUUUAGAGCUCCCCCGUCCGUCAUUCCUGACAAUCUGCUGAGGAAAGGCAAGGAGCGGUACACCUGCAGAUACUGUGGUAAGAUUUUUCCAAGAUCAGCAAACCUGACGCGGCACCUUCGGACCCACACUGGAGAACAGCCAUACAGGUGCAAGUACUGCGACCGCUCGUUCAGCAUCUCCUCCAACCUCCAGCGGCACGUCCGAAACAUUCACAACAAGGAGAAGCCUUUUAAGUGUCACCUGUGUGACAGGUGCUUCGGGCAGCAGACCAACCUGGACAGGCAUCUGAAAAAGCACGAGAACGGAAACAUGUCCAGUACUGCAAACUCCUCCCCUCAUUCCGAAAUCGAUGGAAGCGGUGCCAUCCUGGACGACAAGGAAGAUUCCUACUUUACAGAAAUCCGGAAUUUCAUUGGAAACAGUAAUCGCGCUGAUUGUUCCCCAGGACACUUAGAGGAAAGGAUCAAUGGAGGUCAUUGCCAGGAGGAGAAAGUCCCUGUGACCAGCCAGAAGACUGACGAGCUUGAGGAUGAGGAGGUAGUGGAAGAUGUGGAGGAAGAGGAUGAAGAGGAAGUUGGAUCUAGCCUGGCAGGAAAACCCCUGAAUGAACCGAUUGUAUGUAAACUGGACACAGAUGACCAAGACAGAAUUCAAUAUGAUGAGCUGAGGGAAAUGGAGGGAAAUGGAAAGGAAUCCCCCAGCAGUUACAAAGAAGAUGAUGACAUGAGACUUGAAGCAAAGGGUGGCCUUUCCGCCCUGGAACACAUCAGGCACUUCACGGACAGCCUCAGCGCGAGGCAGCCGGAGGCAAGUCAAUUCAGCGAGGCCAAUCUGACCACAUACAGCACUACACACCUGCCGGAAGACCUAAAGCAGCCUUUAUAUAGGAAAUCCAAGUCACAGGCAUAUGCCAUGAUGCUAUCUCUGUCUGAUAAGGAGCCAAUCCACUCUGCAUCCAGCGAGGGAUCAAAUGUGUGGCACAGCAUGGCCAGAGCUGGGGCAGAGCCCAGCACCAUCCAGUCCAUCAGCCAUGUAUGACCUCUUUGCAAUAACCGGAUGGGACCAAGUCCAGCUUUGUACAUAGCAUAACUUUUUUUUUCUCCCCCACCCCCUUUCCCCCUCCCCUCUAUCCUUUUCCCUUUGUGUCUAUUUAUAGAGAGAGACUCUCAAGCAGAAAGCCUUAGAAAUCUGCUGUGUCACCCCAAUCUCGUGACCUUAAACUGCUAGUUUUUUUUAAAAAAAGGAAUUGUAUUUAUUCUCCUGGUGUUUGUUUUGCACAGUGAAGGCAGCUGCAUUUUUAUGAGGAACGAUGCGACACUUAGUAGUUUCGACUAGGAACACAACUGGGAGCUUUUACCUCAGCAGUCUGGAGAGUGUCUUCCAUUGUAUUCACUAGGGGAGGGUUUGACCAUUUUCCAUGUAUCCUAGCACUCAAUUUAUCAAAAUGAAAUCAUUUGUAUAAAAUUCAAUUGAAUUGCGCGCGGGGCAGGGGUGGGAGGGAGGGAGAGAUUCGGUGGCUCCUUGUGUACAAAUUCCAAUUUGGGUUGCUUUCUCGGUUGCUUUCAGCACCAAUUAAGUCUCUUUUCCAUAUGUGUGUGUGUGUGUGUGUGGGUGUGAAGCUGAAAAUCAACUUUAUUACACAGAAUCCAGUGACAGGUUUCUCACUGAAAGGUGCCACUCUUUCUCUCCUCUUCUUACACACAUGCCCAAUCCCGUCAUGCAAAAAAUUAAACUUCAAAAUACACUUUUUAAUUUUAGACAAUCAUUUUGGUAAACCAUGUAAGGGGGAGGGGUUUCAAAUAUUUUUUAACAAAAAAAGUUGUUGCAGCCACUUGCUAUUUAUUUGAUGGUGUUAUAUACUAGCACUUCCCAGCGCGCGUACACACACACACAUACAACCAGGUGCUUUAUAUGAUCGGAUCCCCAGUGUAUAAAAGCGGGAGUUUGAGGGAGGGGAAAGAGUGGGUAUGGGGAAUAAAUUGAUCUACGCGAGUGCCAAAUAGUGUUGAAAAUUGAAAAAAAUUAAAAUAAUUCAAUCUUAUGCAUUUUAAUGAAUCUGCCUAAUGACUAGAUAUUAGUUUUUUUUGUUAAUAUGAUAAGCUGACUCGAUUGUGUAAACAGUUAUGAUUCAAUCAUUGUAGCAUGAUUCCUCUGAUUAGACCUGUACCUGAUACUUUAAGCCGUUUGUCUGCUUGUGUGGUGUUUUAUUCAGUGGCAACAGUUAAGGUUUAAAAAAAAAUGUGCCAAACUUAUGUUUUUUUUAAAAAAAAGGAACAGAUUGUCUUUGUUUAAUUUAGCCCAACAUGGCUGAGCAAAUUUGUCUUUUUUUUGUUUUUGUUUCAUUUUGUUUAUAUCUCAUUUCAAAUAGCUGGCAAGUUGAGGUACUUUCUCUAAAUGCUUUGUACAAUGUAUCUGUUAUGCAUUUAAAUAAAAAAAUAUAAUGAGAGGAACAGCUAAUAAAAAAAAUAA